GGAGCCGCCACCCCUCGCUUCGCCGCCGCCGCCGCACCGCCGCCAUGGGCUGGGCACCCGCGCUCCCCCUCACCGCCCUCUGCCUGGCCUGCCUCUGCGGGCUGGCCGCGGGAACCGCGCAGAGCCGCCGGGCGCGCGCGGCCGUUGGCAUCUGUGAAAGCCUUUCUAACUGCAGUUCGUGUAUUGGUAAUGACACAGAUGUAACAGGCUGCAAGUGGAUCACAUGUAAAAGAGGCAUGUGUGUAAAUGAAACAGAAGUACAUCUGAAAUAUAAGAACUGUACAGUUGAGCAGCAGUGUUCUUCUCCUACAGCUGUUCCUCUUUCCAAUACUACCACACCGUCUUCCAAUACUACCACACCACCUUCCAAUACUACCACAGCGUCUUCCAAUGCUACCACAGCCAGCUCUGCUACCACAGCCAGUUCUGCUACCACAGCUCAUACUACUAUAGCCAACGUGACCAAUGUAACUACACAUGCUCCUCUACCUACAACUGCCAUUACUUCAGCUAUCACAACACCCAGUGUUCCAGGUACGAAUGCUACUGUGACUCCUGGACCUUCUCGACGCAAAUCUACAUUUGAUGCUGCGAGUUUCAUAGGUGGAAUUGUCCUUGUUCUGGGUCUGCAGGCUGUUGUUUUCUUUCUGUACAAAUUCUGCAAGUCGAAAGACCGAAACUAUCACACACUUUAGGACCUGCCACUUUAUAAUGGACUAGUAGCCCAACACCUGUAGUUCACUGAACCAAAAUAUUUUCUGUUGCUCAUGGAAGACAGCAGUUCAUAAUAUCCUUUAGAUCUCUAAAAGAAGACUUUAAAAGAAUAUUUUUGCAACAUUAUACUUGGCAAGAGGUGGUAUGAAUCUCUUCAACAGGAUUACUUGCAAUAUGCUGCAUGGGUUCUAAUGGCUGUCUUAUUUUCCUUUAGUGGCUGCUGCUGUGGGACUUUUUUUUUUUUUUAUAUGCCAAAUGUAGAUGUUCAGAGAUUCUUAUUCAGUGGCAACACUGUCUUGAGUAGACAAUCUCAUGAUGACUUAUUGUGAAGGCUAAUUUAAUCAACAUUUGAUACAGUAUCCCUUCAGUUUUAUCAAGAUGUGAAUUAUUGGUGACUGACUUCAGGGAGUGAAAUACCAUUUAUACUAGCUUAUGGCUCUUAUAGCGUGCUGCUAGAAAGAUGAACAAAAUUGUAGAAGUAGAUAAUGUCUUAACAGAAUAACAUAACCCAUAAAUUUUUUUACACAAGAAUAAAGGUUGCCUGAUAAAAUACUGCAUUCCAAACAGAAACCUAUGCCCUUUCCAAUUAACCUUGAGGGUGGAGAGGGGAUGUAAGGAUAAUCCUUCUAAAGGGGAAAUGAAGAUUAGUGCCUUAAAAGACUAAAAAUCAGUAGGCUGUAAAAGUGUCCCACCUAUCUCAAAGAUAAAUAAAACUAUUAAGUACUGGCUUUAUAUAGGAGAAUGGUAUACAUGUGACUUGAGCAUUCUAGUUUAAAAACUUUUUACACUAAAUAACUGUCCCUUAUUGACCUUGUUUGAGAGUGAGGGAGCAUGGUACAGUAAUGUUCAGCUACAAACAGAAGCUUUAAGUUGUUUACCUUUUGUUCUGGCCUACAAGACCAACCAUAAAACUAGUGAUAAAAUUCAGUUCACUCCCUGUAUAAAAAGGCAACAAUGUACAUUUAUACUUGAAAUACUGGUGUUUGGGAAAUCCUGAAGUUUUUCUUAUUCAAAUGGUUCUUAAACUCAUUGCAAUUAAUUUCAGGGUUUGGGUUUUUUCUUUUUUACCCUCCUGUAUGUCUGCUUGCUGAAGGAGCAAUUAAGGGUAGUUCAGAGGAUCUGCUGAUUUGAUCCUAGUUAGGAUUGCUGUAGUCCUGGGACUGCCAUGGCUACACCUUUUUACUUUCCCCUCCCCCCUUCCUGGCAUCAGGUUUGUGUCACCCUGCGGUGAACUGGUUAAGGAAAUCUAUUUGGCCAAAUAGUUGGUUUCCCCCCCCCCCCCCCCC